AUGCUGCCCGUGACCUGGCUAAUUACCGGCUCAUCUCGCGGUAUCGGGCUCGCUCUUGUUACAGAGUUAGCUAAAUACUCGAGCAAUAUCAUCUUCGCUACAUGUCGCCAUCCAGAAAAGGCUGCAUGUCUUAGGGAAGUAGCGAAUAAAGCUUAUCCUGAGCGGGUACACAUUGUACCACUUGAUGUCACCGACGAGGUUUCGAUCAAAGAGGCAGCUACUGAAAUUGGGGAAAGGCUCUCCCAUGUGGGACCCAUCCCGGGAGAUAUGGGUCUGGAUUAUUUGGUUCAGAAUGCGGCGAUUACGCUGCCCGGAGACGGGGAUAAUGCAAUAACCCUUGAAGCCGAAUCGUUUCACGAAAUAAUGACCACAAACGUUUUGGGACCAGCGUUAGUAAUGAAGCACAUGCAUCAACAUUUAAAAAAGAGCUUUCGACCAGUCGUAGUUAAUGUUUCUUCUGGGCUGGCAUCUAUUGCCAUGGACCUUGGACCACACAAAACAAGUUAUAGUAUUAGCAAGACUGCCUUGCACAUGUUGACCUAUAAACAGGCUAAAGCUUGUCCAGAUAUGAUUGUUUUAUCUGUGCACCCAGCGUCGGUAAAAACAGACAUGGGAACAAGCGAAGCCGAACUUGAGCCACCAUAUGUGGCGGCGGAAAUGAUACAACUACUGCAACGGGCCACUCUGGAAGAUUCGGGAAAGUUUCUUCGGUAUGAUGGUGAAUUGGAGGCAUGGGAGCCCAAAUAUUGA